AUGGUCAAUCCUAUUACCCCACAGCACCAAAAACUCGGCCUCAAACAAUACAUCAAAGACUUGAAUGAUAGCUUUGGCCUGGAAAUCCCUCUCCUGGGUUUUGAAUCGCCUCCAGCCCCAGAACACAACACUCCUCUUCCUUAUCAGGUCUACAAACACUUGCGUCCAUUGUUCUACAAUGUCAAAGUCAACAACGAAGUUUUAAAAGGAGACUUUGCAGAUUGGAUAAAUUCCCGCAAAGUCGAUGUCCAGGCCCCAGUUCGAAGCCAAAGAUACCAAAGCGAGGAAUCCCCGCUCCUACCCUCCACCAGCAAUGAAAAGGAUGAGCGCAUGCGUUACUUUUUGAGGUUGAUGAAAGAUAAAGAAUGGUUUUUACAGAAUGGUGUACAAGAAAUCGAGAAGAAAAGGUUAGCCGAAGAUCCUUCCUUACAAGUGAUGGGCUUAUCACGAAAGAAACGAAGGCUUGCCAACAAUGAUGAAGACGAGCAGUUCCAUACUGCACCCAAUUCCCCAGUCAAGGGUUCUUUAACGGCCUCAUCACCCCUGGGGCAGCAUGGCAAUGGUAACUGGCAAGUACCUCCGAUGGCGCAGGCAAGCCCUCGGCCGCCUCGCAGAGCCUCAGGGACUGUGAACCCACUAGGCAUCCCACUUAAACCUACGCAGUCGGCUGGGAAGAAUCAACAGACAUCUCGCGCUCCAGUAAAGUACUCGGGAACCUUUCCACUCCCAUCAAAACAAAUGGUUCAAAAUCCGAAAAGGUGCCAUGUGGCCACUAAAGCAUCAAUUCAGCCCCAGAGUGAUGCUUACUCUUCAGUCCAGGGAUCCAUGGGGAUUUCAGCACCAGCAAAGACCAAAGAAGCUAUCCAAUCCCCACGGAGCAAUCUAAAAACCACCUCAUCAACUGCUUCGCCAAAGAUACAGACCAAAAUCUUUGAGUGGUAUGAAAAGAAGAGCUCUGACGCCACAGCCCCUCGCCAUGAUGAUACUGUCAAGGCCAAGAAAUCCGGAUCGUACGACAAGCUGCUGGCAGCUUCGAGUCAAUCAAAGUGCGACAGCAUGACACCAUCGGUAAACACUGAUUUCGCUACGAGGGUGGCUUCUUCGAUCUAUACAUCCCAUGACUCUAGUAUGGUGGGAACCUUUGAUACUGAGAUCACAGAACCAACGGAUACCCAAUCAACCUAUACAGACUCGGUUCUUGAUUCAAUGACCAGUGAAGAGAUGAGAGAAAGCUUCGACGCCUGCAUGUCCAUGAUGGAAAACCAUGACCCCGUUGAAACAAACGAGUCUGUCGCGCAAGAGAUUGUCAACGAACUCAAUUCCUACGGUCCCUUUGCACUGAAAGGCUCAUUCUCCGCCAAAAUCCCCCUACGAUUCCGCUAUGAGCUGGAGCGAAUUGGCCGAGCCUGGGGAGUUCCUUCCGAUCGCAUGCUUGUCGGUGACCAUGUUCCCUACGAUACUCAAGAUAAAUUCUGGGCAUGGAUCAGCGGCCACAACCAACGGAAUAACCAGCCACUGCCAGAGAAAACGCCAAGCCGAGCUUGGGACGCUGCUGUCGAUAACUUCAAAUCGAAAAAGCAGUCCGAGGUGGUUGUUCUGUCAGGAGAGAUGGAUUGGUGCGACGAGUCUGAGCCGGGAAUUUUUAAAUUAAACCUAAAUCCACUCAAGUUGGAGCGCACGUGUCGGUUUCACCGAAGGUUUGGAUCGGACAGAUUCAUGACGAUUACGGUUCCUGCCCCGGAUCGGCCUUGCAGUCACCAGAUGAAUGGUCCUUACCCAUCUGCACUUCGAGAAUGUAUGGCUACAUGGCUCACGCGGCACGAACAUUUUUGUCUUGGCCGCACAUGGCGGGCGUUCUAUGUCGAGGAAAUGAAGACUAAGCGGAAAUCCAAGGGUGAGCCCCGGUUCCGUAUCGAACUCUUUGCAGUAGCAGGCGAGGACUUUGCACCUUUUUCCAAGCUGUCGCCAGCGAUAUCUCCCCCUCGACUGCAGAGCCAAAAGCCUACGCGAAUGACCGUGGAAUCUUUAUUGGAGUGGCAUAUGCCGAAGGCCGCGAACGAAAACCAAAGCAAUUGCAAACUAUUCCAGCGUAUUUCCUUGGGAUUGUCAAAGACGUUUGAUACAGUCACUUUGAAACCCACCCAGAUCUUUCAUGUCAGCGAUAUUCUAGGCCACAGAGAUAUUUCGGGCCCCACUGUAAUGAAUGAUGGAUGUGCUUUGAUGUCACGGGCACUUGCAAACCAGAUAUGUGACCGACUGGGAAUAACCACUGCGACACCGAGUUGCUUCCAGGGCCGAAUAGCAGGCGCGAAAGGCCUUUGGAUGGUGGAUCGUCAUCAGUCCAGCAUAGAUAGUAUGAAUGACGACGAUAUCUGGAUACAGAUCUCUGACUCGCAGUUGAAAAUCCACCCGCAUCCGGAGAAUUGGGUUGACCUGGUUGACGAUGAAAAACUGACGUUCGAAGUUGUUAACUGGGCUAAGCCGCUGCACCCUGUCGACUUGAAUAUUCAACUUCUUGCGAUUCUCGAGCACGGAGCGCAAGCGAAGGAGUACAUUGCACAACUGAUUCGUGACGGUGUGCAACAGCUUUAUGAUGACUUCCUCCAAGUUCUCAAAUGUAACAGUCCCGUUGCCUGUCGAGCUCUUCUUCAGAAACUCAGACCGUCUGGCGAGAAUGGAGCCGGUAAAGCGCGACGAUUGGAGCAAUGGACCGCCAAUGAAGCCGAGUCGAUCAUUCGGUUUUCGGAAGCCGGGUUCGCCCCACGAGAUUUCUAUCCACUCCGAGUCAAGAUUCGAAAGUUUUUGACCCAUCUUCUUAAUCGGCAGGUGGAUGAGUUGAAAAUCCAGGUUCCCCUGUCGACUUACGCUUACUGCAUUGCGGACCCGUAUGGAGUGCUCGAAGAAAAAGAAGUCCAUUUCAGCUUCUCAAACAACUGGCGAGAUCCCAACGGCCAAUUCGAAGAUAAUAUGCUCGAUGGAGUGGACAUUCUCGUCGGUCGACUUCCUGCUCAUGUCCCUUCUGAUAUUCAACGGUGUAGAGCAGUGUGGAAAUCCGAGCUGCACCAUUUCAAAGAUGUCAUUGUAUUUCCCACCAAAGGAAAUACCCCCCUCGCACAUAUGCUCUCUGGUGGAGACUACGAUGGUGACACACCUUGGAUUUGCUGGGAUCCGAAGAUUGUGCAGAAUUUCCGCAACUCUCCUCUACCAUCGAAUGAGUACACGCAUGAUCAUUAUGGGCUCACCACGCACUCGGUGGUGAUGUCUCAGCUAGAAACGACAGAAGAUUUCUUACACAGUGCCUUCGUUUUCAACCUCACCGUGUCAAACCUCGGCCGGUGCACUGUGGAGCAUGAAAAGUUGGCCUACGAGGAAGAGGGAUCCAUCAAUUCUCCCAAAGCGAAAGAACUGGCUUGUUUGUUAAGUCAUCUUGUGGAUGGUCGCAAAGCUGGAGUCCACCUUUCAGAGCCAGCGUGGCAGGCGUUCAGAAAGAAAAUUAGCCCAAAGCGGCGUGAGCUACCUGCGUAUCGACCAGGCUCAAACCGCCCGCCCAACAUUACGAAUAUAAUCGAUUACCUCAAAUUCGAGGUCGCAAAGUCCGAGCUUAGGAGAAUCCUCUCCGGCUUGAAUGACGCGUUUCCUGAGCAUGAUAUCUCGCAACAACUCGACAAAGAUUUGCUUUCUCCGUGGAAAGCGGCCAAUAAAGCAGUGGAGGAGAGUUCUAAGCAUAAGGCUGAAUUACAAGCCGCUCUUAAAGAAAUUGGAUGCUCGAUGGGGAAGUGGUACGAUCAAUGGAACAAAGCAAAUAAGGCGUCUUCCGGCGAGGGAUUCUCCCGUCUUGCACGCCAAGCAGUCGAGAGUGCCAGUGCCAUUCCUCCCCCCGAAGAGGGCAGACAUCCGCUCAUCCACACUUGGCGAAACAGCCACCACGAAUGGCUUCGACUGUUAGCGUCAUACGCUUACCAACAAUAUUCCCGCACAGGAUUUGUGCUUCACGCGUUCGGUGAAAUACUAUGCCAGAUCAAGGCGUCCUGCUCGCCAUUCCGCCCCGUCACAAACGAGAUCAUUGCGUGUUACCGAGUUAAUCAGAAGAUGGUCUCCCAUCUCACGGUCGAUGAACUGCCCGGGAGCGAGACCGAUGUUGAUCUGGAUGAUUUUGAGGACGAGGACGCCAUUGAAGCCAUGCUAUCCCUUGGAAGAGAUGAGGAGGAGUUGGAGGAUGGCUGGUCCAUCCAAUGA